UUGGCACAGUGCCGAUGAGUUUAGUAGACGCGCCAACCGAUUGCAAAUCAAAGUUGUAUAACAGUAAAUUGGGCAAAGUGGAUUUCUACAAUAUAUUUUGCAAAAUAUUUGCACUUGCAUCUGAGAUUCAACUCAGCAGCGACACCAGAGGCGUUAGUGGCAGCAGUAAAAGUUCUAGCCAAAACAACAAUAAAUUAAACAGCGAUAGUACCAAAAAGAAUAGUUUCCAAUUAGUCGAAUUCCAUUCACUAGAGGAUUUAAAGUACAAAAUGGCUUUUCGCGAUAAACGUGCAGUGAUUACUGGUGGUGCCAGUGGCAUUGGUUUGCAAGUGUGCAAGCAGCUAUUGGCCAAUGAGGCGUCGAAAAUUGCGAUUGUUGAUAUACAAGAAAAUCCAGAAGAUAUCUCUAAGUUGCGUGCUGCACAUCCCACACAAACAAUUCUGCUCAUCAAAAUGGAUGUUACGAACAGGCAGGGUAUUGCCGACACAUACGAAGAACUUAAAAAAACUUUUGGUACUAUUGACAUUGUUGUAAAUGUAGCUGGGAUUUUCAACGACCAGGAUGUGCAACGCACAAUUUUAGUCAAUUUGGGUGGCAUCAUAAACUCCACACUUGCUGCCGUGAAGGUAAUGAGCACUGAAAAUGGUGGCAAUGGUGGUAUUAUAGCUAAUAUGUCUUCUGUGGUCGGUUUGGAUCCCAUGUUCUUGCUGCCUGUGUAUGCGGCUACUAAGGCGGGAAUUAUACAUUUUACACGUUGUUUGGGGUCCGACACAUACUUGAUCCGCACUGGCAUCAAGUUCAUUACAAUCUGUCCGGGCGCUACUAUUACAGACAUGUUUACCAACUUUACUGAGAAAAUGCUCUUUCCCGAUAUGGGCGAUGAAUCAUAUCGGGUGCUGGACCGUCUCAACAAGCAAAGUGCGGCUGAUGUAUCACGUUGCAUACUUACGGCAUUAGAAAAGGAGAAAAAUGGCGAAGUGUACAUAAUUGAGGGUAAGCGAUUGUUUCCAACGGAAAUGAAAAGUUAUUGGCGCGGUAUUGAGAAGUCAAGCGAAUAGUCAUUAUAAAGUGUUAAAUGUUUUCUUAUACUUUUUGUAAAGAAAUAAAUAGUAUUAGCUUUUAAUUUAAAACUGA